GUACAGUCGAGACCACAAUGACGCGUAUGGUUCUGUCUCUGGUGGUCCUGUCAACCUGUAUCUGCUGCCUUCCAGCUGCUCGAGACAACAAGGGCACUGAGUUCAUCCUAACAUUUCCGGAAAACGUCAACAGAAUCCAACACAACCCCAAACUGUUCAUCUCCUGUCCACAUCACAGCGGGGCGACUGUUACUAUCACUACACCUUCUAAUGGCGUCAGUACCACAGUACAGGUGACUUAUGGACAGGUGAAGCAGGUGGAAUUGGAUCGUGUAGCUGUGGAACUCCGCGGCAGUGUUAAGAGCGACAAGGCCGUUCACGUCACGUCUGAUGUGGAGAUCGUGGUGUACGGAAUAUUUGCAGAAAGAAGGAGUACUGACGCCUUCCUGGCCCUCCCCACUGACGUGUUGGGGACCGAGUACUUCACACCUUGUACAAGCGUCAGAGGGGCCAUGCCUGCAGAGUUCGGAGUGGUCGGUGUCCAUGACGGGACGACCGUCACCAUUGUCCCCAGCCAACCCGUGACGUUCGACGGACAAAACUACGCCGCAGGACAGACGUUCUCUGUGGGACUGGACCGGUUUGAGACACUUCAGGUACAGGCGACUGAGGACCUGACCGGUUCAGAGAUCACGGCUGACCAGCCAGUAGCCGUGCUGAGCGGAAACAUGUUUGCUAGCUGUAAGCCUAUUGGGCAGGAACAGGGAGGGAGUGGUGACCACAUAGUGGAGAUGAUCCCACCCGUGGACACCUGGGGGAAGGAGUUCGUCACCGUGCCGCUGACCAAGCUCACAGGCGGCGACCUGUUCCGUGUAGUAGCCGCCAGGGACAAUACACUGGUCGCCGUUACCAAUGAGGGCACAAAUACUUUAAAUGCCGGGGAAUUCUGGGAGUUUGAUGUUCCAUCUGACGAGUACAGACACGUGACCAGCAGCGAGCCAGUCUUGUUGGUUCAGUACAGUAAAUCUAAACAGUCUGACUCAGGGGACCCGUUCAUGAUGGUCAUCCCGCCUGUGGCCCAGUUCGAGACAGAGUACACCUUUGCUACGGUUGAGCUCAUUUAUGACCAGAAGGAAACCACUCAUCACGUCAACUUAAUCAUAAGGUCGUCUAACAAAGCUGGUCUCCUAUUGGAUGGACAGCGGUUGCCUAGCGACACCGUCUGGCAUGACGUACCUGGGACCGACUACGUAGCCGCACAACUGGAUAUUUCUGCAGGCACCCACACAGCGAGACACCUAUCUCCAAAUGUUAACAUCGGUCUAUUUAGUUAUGGCUUCACUCACACAGAGUCGUAUGGCUAUCCCGGUGGCCUCCGGCUGUCCCGGAUCGCCGCCUCGUGCAGCACCACCACCCCCGUCCCCGCCGACCGUGUGGACAACGACUGUGACGGACGUGUGGACGAAGAGCUGCUGAACGGCAUUGAUGAUGACGGCGACGGUCUGAUCGAUGAAGACAUGGCGAUCGGUAACUGUGCUGACAACAGGGACCAGUACAGGACGUGCCUACAGAACCGGUGCAGGAACCUGGUGCCUUAAUCUGUCUUGGUGUAUUUGAGGGGAUUUGGACUUAUUGUCCGAUAAAGACAGACAAAUAAAUUACACAUAAUAGUGACAGUUGCUAAAACGUCAAUUGCAUAAGACGUCAACAUAACAUUAUCCAUAAAAAGUAUGCAAUUCAGCCUGGGGCUGAGAUAUACUUUCAUAGCUUUUGAGGAUAAUAAUAUUAAUAAAACAUCCAUUCAUUUAUUCAUUCAUUCAGGUAGCUGUUGUGUAUGUUAUGUUUGUGUUAUGUAAGUACAUAGCAACGUAUAUUGUUUGUAGUUUGUAGCACCAUUACACGUAACGAAGUCAUUGAACUUCCAAAUUUGUCCAUACCUCAUUUGCCAUUGUGAGGUUAGGACUACGUCACUUGAUGCAACUGACGUAUCGCUGAGUUGGUCUAUUUCUUUGCAAUCCAGUGUGUUUUUCUCCUCUUCUUGGUAGUUAGUUGUAACACGCUAUGUCAAUCUG